UCUGAGACUGAGGCAGCUGGCGAGCGGUUGAUCGCGCGCUCUCAGAUCGAUUCAGUCCGAGAUUCGCUGGCUGGAGACCGAUGCAGCUGCAGCUGCAACCUGGUUCCGUUUCCAACCAGAUUGUUGCACAAUCGAACGGGUUCACGUUCACGUUCACCGGGCGUAUACGCAACGCGCCGCGCUUAUAAGUUAAGCAUACGUCACGGAGCCGCGACCAUUGAACUGCUGGCCAGUUAUCGUACGACACUCGGCCGUUGACAACGCCAAAUCACAGGUGUGAAAAUGGGCUACGACGACGUCAUCACCCACCUGGGUGAAUUUGGACCCUACCAGAAGCGCAUCUACUAUCUCCUCUGUCUGCCGGCCAUUGUCUGCGCCUUCCACAAGCUGGCGGGGGUAUUCCUGCUGGCCAAGCCAGACUUCCGAUGUGCCCUGCCCUUCGAGAACGGGAGUAGCUAUGAUCUGCCGCCCCACCUGUGGAACCUCUCGUAUCCGCAGGACGAGGUGUGCGUCUACUACGAUGUGGAGUACUCGGAGGAGUACCUAAAUGGCAGCCUGCCCCGGAGCAGCAACGCAACCAAGAGCUGUUCCCGCUACGUUUACGACCAGAGCAAGUACCUCAACAGUGCCGUCACCGAGUGGGACAUGGUGUGCAGCCGGAGUCUGCUGAGUGCCACCAGCGACUCACUGUUCAUGCUGGGCGUGCUCCUGGGCAGCUUCAUCUUUGGCCAGAUGUCCGACAAGCUGGGACGCAAGCCCACCUUCUUCGCCUCGCUGGUGCUUCAGCUGAUCUUUGGCGUGCUGGCUGCCGUGGCUCCGGAGUACUUCAGCUACACCAUUUCCCGCAUGAUCGUGGGCGCCACGACGUCCGGGGUCUUCCUGGUGGCCUAUGUGAUUGCCCUGGAGAUGGUGGGCUCCUCGUACCGUCUCUUCGCCGGCGUGGCCAUGCAGAUGUUCUUCUCCGUGGGCUUUAUGCUAACCGCCGGCUUCGCCUAUUUCAUCCACGACUGGCGCUGGCUGCAGAUUGCCCUGACGCUGCCGGGACUGCUCUUCAUUUGCUACUACUGGAUCAUUCCGGAGUCUGCCCGCUGGCUUCUGCUCAAGGGUCGCAAGGACGAGGCCUUCGUGAUUAUCGAGAAGGCGGCCAAGGAGAACCGGGUCGAGAUUCCCAGCGAGAUCUACGAGCAGCUGGUGGACGAGGUGGCCGAGAAGAAGAAACAGGACGAACUGACGGCCUCCCAGCCGGCGGCCACCGUAUUUGAUCUGCUCCGGUUUCCCAAUCUUCGCCGGAAAACCCUGUUGAUCUUCUUCGAUUGGUUUGUGAACAGCGGCGUGUACUACGGUCUGUCGUGGAACACCAAUAACCUGGGUGGCAAUCAACUGGUUAACUUUAUGAUCUCCGGUGCCGUUGAGAUCCCCGGCUAUGUGCUGCUACUCUUCACCCUCAACCGGUGGGGUCGUCGCUCCAUCCUGUGCGGCACCAUGAUGGUGGCCGGGGUCAGUCUGCUGGCCACCAUCUUCGUGCCCGCGGACAUGAACUGGCUGAUCAUCGCCUGUGCCAUGAUAGGAAAGCUGGCCAUCACCGCCUCCUACGGCACCAUAUACAUCUUCUCGGCGGAACAGUUUCCGACGGUGGUUAGGAACGUGGGUCUGGGCGCCUCCUCUAUGGUGGCACGAGUGGGCGGCAUCCUGGCGCCGUACCUCAAGUUGCUGGGCGAGAUCUGGCGCCCAUUGCCAUUGAUCAUCUGCGGCGCCCUGUCCCUCACCGCCGGACUGCUGUCCCUGCUGCUGCCGGAAACGCUCAACAAACCCAUGCCGGAGACCAUCGAGGAUGGGGAGAACUUCGGCAAGAAGACGGAGCCACAAGAGUCCGCCGAGGUGGGCGGCUCCCAAGAGCUGGCCGGGAUGCUCAACGAAAAGUGCGGCUAAUUGAAGAUCGGAUUGCCAGACUGCCAUUUAGCUAAAUCCACUCUGAUGGCCGGCCUCAAUUGGGUCGCGCCCUGAGCACUUAAACGAAUUUAAGCAUUCUGCGCAUUUCCAUUCCACCAGAGAGAUUUCCAUUCAUUCCGAUUUCCCAACUCUGUUUAUUUUACCUUUACAAGCGAUUUAAUAAAAGACAAGUAAAUAUAAA